AUGAAGAGCUUAUGGAAAAUUCCAGUUCUCUUCUUUGUAUGCAGUUUCCUGGGGACAUGGGCAUCAGUGACUGUCAAGCGUCGCCCAAGGUUCCCUGUUAAUUCAAAUUCCAAUGGUGAAAAUGAACUCUGUCCAAAGGUCAGGAUUGGACAAGAUGAUUUACCAGGAUUUGACUUGAUUUCUCAGUUCCAGAUAGAUAAAGCAGCAUCCAGAAGAGCUAUCCAGAGGGUAGUUGGAUCAACCGCCUUACAGGUGGCUUACAAGUUGGGAAAUAAUGUAGAUUUCAGGAUUCCAACCAGGCAUUUAUAUCCCAGUGGGCUGCCUGAAGAAUACUCCUUUCUAACCACUUUUCGGAUGACUGGAAGCACACUUGAAAAGCACUGGAGCAUUUGGCAGAUUCAGGAUUCCUCAGGGAAGGAGCAAGUUGGCGUGAAGAUUAAUGGCCAAACAAAAUCUGUUUCAUUUUCAUACAAGGGGCUGGAUGGAAGUCUCCAAACUGCAGCCUUUUCGAAUUUGCCCUCCUUGUUCGAUUCCCAGUGGCAUAAGAUCAUGAUUGGUGUGGAAAGGAGGAGUGCGACUCUUUUCGUUGACUGCAACAUGAUUGAGUCCUUACCUAUAAAGCCAAGAGGUCAGAUCGAUGUCGAUGGCUUUGCUGUGCUGGGAAAACUUGUGGAUAAUCCUCAAGUUUCUGUUCCGUUUGAACUUCAAUGGAUGCUGAUCCAUUGUGACCCCCUGCGACCCCGGAGAGAAACUUGUCAUGAGCUGCCAGCCAGGAUCACGACCAUCGACCAGAGGGGCCCCCCAGGUGAGCAGGGUCCUCCGGGGCCGCCAGGUCCCCCUGGAGUCCCGGGCAUCGACGGCAUCGACGGUGAUCGCGGUCCGAAGGGUCCCCCGGGCCCCCCUGGUCCCCCUGGAGAGCCGGGGAAACCAGGAGCUCCAGGCAAGCCGGGCACACCAGGUGCCGACGGAUUAACAGGUCCUGAUGGAUCCCCCGGCUCUGUUGGACCAAGAGGACAAAAAGGAGAACCUGGUGUGCCAGGACCUCGUGGAUUUCCAGGCCGUGGUAUCCCUGGACCUCCUGGUCCUCCUGGGGGAGCAGGACUCCCUGGAGAGCUUGGCCGUGUUGGACCAAUUGGCGACCCUGGGAAAAGAGGACGACCGGGACCCCCUGGCCCCCCGGGACCCAGUGGAACAAUUGGCUUUCAUGAUGGAGAUCCAUUGUGUCCCAAUUCCUGCCCACCGGGUCGUUCGGGAUACCCAGGCCUGCCAGGCAUGAGGGGUCAUAAAGGAGCUAAAGGAGAGAUUGGUGAACCUGGAAGACAAGGUCACAAGGGUGAAGAAGGGGACCAGGGUGGACUGGGAGAAGUUGGAGCUCAAGGACCUCCGGGAGCUCAAGGUUUGAGAGGCAUCACCGGUGUAGCUGGCGAGAAAGGAGAAAAGGGCGCUCGGGGCUUAGAUGGAGAACCUGGGCCUCAAGGGCUCCCUGGUGCACCAGGUGACCAAGGACAGCGAGGACCUCCAGGAGAAAUAGGUCCCAAGGGAGAGAGAGGGCCUCAAGGUUCUCCAGGAAUUCCUGGUCUCCCUGGGCCCAAAGGGGACACGGGCUUGCCAGGUGUGGAUGGCCGUGACGGGAUACCUGGAAUGCCGGGAACAAAGGGGGAACCAGGGAAACCCGGGCCUCCUGGUGAAGCAGGUUUGCAGGGGUUACCUGGUAUACCUGGAAUUCCUGGCGCAAAGGGUGUUGCCGGUGAAAAGGGUAACCCAGGUGCUCCAGGGAAGCCCGGUCAAUUGGGGAAUUCUGGCAAACCGGGCCGCCAGGGGCCGCCCGGAGAAGUGGGACCCCGAGGACCCCGGGGCCUUUCUGGCAGCAGAGGUGAAGUAGGACCAGUGGGACCCCCAGGGCCACCAGGUAAACUGGGUUCUCUUGGCAGCCCCGGCCUCCCUGGCUUGCCUGGCCCACCUGGACUUCCUGGGAUGAAAGGUGACAGGGGUGUAGUUGGUGAACCUGGUCCAAAGGGUGAACAGGGCGCCUCUGGUGAAGAGGGUGAAGCUGGAGAAAGGGGUGAACUCGGAGAUAUAGGAUUACCUGGCCCAAAGGGAUCUGCGGGGAACCCUGGGGAGCCUGGCGUGAGGGGGCCCGAAGGCAGCCGGGGGCUUCCCGGAGAGGAAGGGCCCCGAGGCCCGCCCGGCCCGCGCGGCGUGCAGGGGGAGCAGGGCGCCACGGGCCUGCCCGGGAUCCAGGGCCCCCCGGGCAGAGCACCGACCGAUCAGCACAUCAAGCAGGUUUGCAUGAGAGUCAUACAAGAGCACUUUGCUCAGAUGGCUGCGAGUCUCAAGCGUCCAGACUCCGGAGCCUCGGGCCUCCCUGGACGGCCUGGACCCCCCGGCCCCCCGGGCCCCCCUGGAGAGAAUGGCUUUCCAGGCCAGAUGGGACUCCGCGGCCUCCCGGGCAUGAAGGGUCCCCCUGGCGCUCUCGGUGUGAGGGGCCCUAAAGGUGAUGCAGGAGAAAGAGGGGAUCGUGGCCCCCCAGGAAGAGGUCCCAAAGGUUUGCCAGGAGCUCCUGGCCUCCCAGGUGACCCGGGUCCUGCCAGCUACGGGAGGAACGGCCGGGAUGGCGAGCGAGGGCCCCCCGGGGCGGCGGGCAUCCCCGGUGUGCCCGGCCCCCCAGGCCCCCCGGGCCCCCCUGGUUUCUGCGAGCCAGCGUCCUGCACCAUGCAGGCCGGUCAGCGGGCAUUCAACACCAAAGGUCCCAGUCAGUGA